AUGGGCAAGUCAAUCCUCCUCAUCAACGGCCCCAACUUGAACCUCCUCGGCACCCGUGAGCCCCAUAUCUAUGGCAACACAACACUCGCCGACGUCGAAGCCUCCUGCAAAGCCCACGCCGAGUCACUAGGCGCCACCCUGGCCACCUUCCAGUCAAACCACGAGGGCGCAAUCAUCGAUCGCAUCCAGGCCGCCCGCGGCAACGUCGACGGCAUCAUCAUCAAUCCCGGGGCUUUUACGCAUACGUCUGUGGCGAUUCGGGAUGCGCUGCUCGGUGUGGGAAUCCCAUUCAUCGAGCUGCACGUGAGCAAUGUGCAUGCGCGCGAGCCCUGGAGGCACCAUAGCUAUUUCAGUGAUAAGGCGGCGGGGAUUAUCGUUGGGUUGGGAGUAUAUGGAUACAAGGUUGCUGUGGAACAUGUGGCGUUGAACUUCAAGGAGAGGGCGGCUUUGUAG